CACAUACACACCCAGUCUCACACCGCCAGCCAGCCAGCCAUUCGCUCCUCACUCACACCCUCAAAUCUUACUAAGCUCAGCUCUCCCUGCUCAGAGGCAGACAGGAGCAGCACAGCAGCCUGUUAAAGGAGUUGAGGGACGGAGCAGCAGAGUCAGAGAGAGACACAUAAAGAGAGAGGGAGGUGGAUGAAAGAGUGAAGGGAGAGCAAAGCAGAGAGAUUGCUGUCCCCCAUAUGCUGAGGAGGCAUGGGCGGUUGAACAAGCUGCCCCCACUGAAGCCUCCUGACUCAUGGGAGCGUCAGACCUCAAUCCCCCAGAGAGCCUGGAAACGCUGUUGAACCACGCUUAAGAGAGAAGGAGGGGAGCCAGAGAGGAGAGAAAAAAGUCAGAGGAGAGGAGAGACGAGGCAAGAAAGCCACAACGGUAGGCUGUCCCACUCCACUGCUGUGUCGUGAUGACGUCAGAGGGCAUGUGACCCAGGCUCUCCAGUGACGGCACAUGGAGGGCAGGAAAGAGACGAGUUUUAAAGCUGGUGCCUUUUGGGUUGUGUGAGGGCUCUGCUCGCCUCCCAAACAACCACAGAACCACAGACGUGCGGCUCGGGGUUGGUGUUUGAGGGCGAAACCUGGAGUGUAAAUGGUUAAUCGUCGCGGGCCAACACCAGUCACAAGGACGGCGCUAAGCGAGACGUGUCAAGGGUCACGGAAACCACAGAGGAACAAAAGUGGGGCUUUCUGCAACCAGAGGCAGCUAUGGCAUCUAACAGCCUUUUCAGCACAGUGACACCAUGUCAACAAAACUUCUUCUGGGAUCCCAGCGCCAGUCGGAGGUUCAGUCCGCCGUCCAAUAGCCUCCAGCCGGUCCCAGGGAAGAUGAACGAUGUGAACUCUCCGGGCGGCCAGUCGGACGCAGCGGCGGCGGUGCCAAGACUGCGCCCCCACGAAAACCGUAGCAUGGCCGAGAUCAUCGCCGACCACCCGGCCGAGCUGGUCCGCACCGACAGCCCCAACUUUCUGUGCUCGGUCCUGCCCUCCCACUGGCGGUGCAACAAGACGCUGCCUGUCGCCUUUAAGGUGGUUGCCCUGGGAGACAUACCUGAUGGGACUGUUGUCACAGUAAUGGCAGGCAACGACGAGAACUACUCGGCCGAGCUGCGAAACGCCUCAGGUGUGAUGAAGAACCAAGUAGCCCGUUUCAACGACCUUCGCUUUGUGGGCCGCAGUGGCAGAGGCAAGAGCUUCACGCUGACAAUCACAGUAUUCACCAACCCACCACAAGUGGCCACUUACCACCGAGCCAUAAAGGUCACCGUGGACGGACCGCGUGAGCCCAGGAGACAUCGUCAGAAACUUGAGGACCCUCCCAAGACUGGUCUCUUCUCAGACCGCCUUAGUGAGCUUGAGAGGAUGAGGGUGAGAGUGGCUGUUCCAAUUCAAGGCCCCCGGCCAAAUCUCAACACAGGGGCCAACUCCUUCAACCCGCAGGGACAGACGCAGAUAACAGACCCUCGUCAGUCCCAGUCCUCUCCUCCCUGGUCGUAUGAACAGACGUACCCGUCCUACCUGAGUCCCAUGGCAUCCCCCUCAGUCCACUCCACCACCCCCCUCUCCUCCAGCCGAGGCACGGGCCUGCCCGCCAUCAGCGACGUGCCUAGACGACUUCCAGGUUCUUCUGACCUGAGCCCGUUCCCUGGUCAGUUUGAGCGCCAGUUCCCGGGCCUCUCGUCCCUCACGGAGAGUCGUUUCUCCAGCCCUCGGAUGCACUACCCGGCCACGUUCACCUACAGCCCGCCCGUCACCUCUGCCAUGUCGCUGGGCAGCGCCCACUACCACACCUACCUUCCCCCUCCUUACCCGGGCUCCACCCAGAGCCAGAGCGGACCCUUCCAGACCAGCAGCACGCCCUAUCUCUACUACGGCGCUUCGUCCGGCUCCUACCAGUUCUCCAUGGUUCCCGGCGGGGAUCGUUCGCCCUCCAGGAUGAUCCCGCCUUGCACUAGCGCCUCCACGGGCACCUCCCUGGUGAACCCCAACCUGCCCAGCCAGACGGAGGGAGGGGUAGACGGCGACGGGAGCCACAGUAACUCCCCGACCGUUCUCAACUCUGGAGGCCGCAUGGAUGAAGCGGUCUGGAGGCCGUACUGAAGAACACCGAGGGGGCGGUGAUUAGAAGUCAACUGAUGUCAUGGUUUGAAAGCACAAAACCUUCUUUUUUUCAUUGAAAAGGGGAAUUUUGAGCUCUCAUCAGCUAUCUCUACCUUUUGCUUGGAAAUUAAGGUUGAGAUAAAAAAAAAAAUAAGACCAGACUUGUAUGGACUUGUCUUCCUGGAAUGUGUUUUGACCAAAGCACCACAAAGGGAGUCAUUCUCGCAGCAAUCAUGAGAAAAGACAAUUUUAGUUCACUCGGCCCAAGUGGAUCAGACAUUAUUUCAUUUUUAUUAUAAUCCAGAAGCAAAGGGAUGCUUCAACAAUAUUUGUAAAAGACUGCCUCUUUUGUAUAGUGUUUGUAUUUCAAUAAGGCUUUUUGCAGAGCAUGUUUUUGUACUACGACAAUAUCAAGAUGCAAGUUAGGCACUGAGUAGCAAGUGAUGAGCGUAACACAUAUGUUACCUUAAGUGGUAUGGACAUUAAAUUUGCUUUAAAACAAUUAAUUUAACUUGUAUAUUGUGGGUGAAACGUUGAUGUAGAUUGAGGCGUUUUCUCAGUUUUAACUUAUAAAGCCAUAAAUUAUGUAUUGUAUUUGAAACUUGAGUCAAAGAAGUGUAAUCUGAAUAUUUUUGAUGCAUCUAUAUGACUAAGUUAAAUUGUUUUUUAUAGGUAAUUUAAGAGAGUGAGAGGUUUAAUUUUUUUUUUUUUUUGGUAGUGCCCAAAGACUUAAAUCGUUUUGAAUAUGAAAUGUAAUUUCCAAAAGGUUUUGCAACAUGUUUCUUCUGGUGUAACUUUCAGUUUAACUGCUCCGCACGUUGAGAGCCCGACAUCGUCGCUAGGCGUUGACACCCAUUUGGCUCGGGAUUAAACCUUUGGUAUUUAUUGAGCAAUAACUCGUAUUGUGCCUCUUGGCAACAUACCAUGAAAGAGAGCUUCAAUAGGGAAAAAUAAUUAAAUGUUGAAAUUCUUAAGUUUGUGUAGUCUGACAUGCGCCCAGAUACAUAAGAGUGGUACAUUUCUAUUCAAACUGACAUGAUGAUUCCGGGGCUGCCACGCCCAGCAGGUCCGGCUUUUUACGGUACGUGAACUCCUCAGGACUGGAAUAAUCUGUGGAGGAUCUCAAAUCCCACAGAUUUGGUCAAAUCUGCAAUCUUUUCAUAUCUAGUCCGGCUGAAUCCUCUGUCAACAUUAUAGGGAAAACAUGCCAAGUCUGUUCUAACGUUCACAUCAUGUGUGGCUUUGAAAAAGUUUGUCUUAGUGUGUGACACACACGGGUACCUUUUUUGGUUUCUUUGUUUUUUUUUCUCUUUCAGUCUCUGAGACUGAAAAGGAAAUAUCACAGUUAGAGACAAAAGAGACUGUGACAUUCCUUCAGACUUUUUAUUUAUUUUCCUCUAUUUUUCUGCUUUUGUUCGCCUGGCCCUUCCUUACCGGUGUCACAAAUCUUGUGGCAUGAGGGGAGGUCUGAUAUUUUCCAAUUUGAAAUUACCAUGUGAAAUAUGAUAAAGAAAAGUGUUCCAGUUAAAGGAAAAAGUGCAAAAACCGAGGUGAUUGGAUGCAGCUGCUGGCAGCAAACUGGUAACCCAAAAAUAUGGGAGACUUGUGUAUGUUUGUUUCAUAAAGCACUUAUUUCUUGUUUUAUUUCUAGCAGCACUUACGGCAGGCUGCCAGCAGGGCUCGUGGUUUUGGUCCUGAGUGCAGAUACAACGCCACCGGAUUCACACGCUCACACACACAUACACACACACACUCAGAAUGGAUAACACUUGGCCAAACAAGCCAUUUACAUUCAAGUUGAAUCAGAUCUCACAAGGCAGUUGGUAUUUGUUAGGAAAAAAAGCAUUUUUCUUUGCUUUCAUACAAUGUGAUAUUGGGUACUUGUAGGUAAUAUAAUAACCCAAUUUGAAAAAGCUGAGAAAAACACGGCCCUGUCCAAGGAUCAGACUUCAAGCUUUCAUUGGAGGUUUGCACGCAGUGCCUCUUUUCCCGUCUCUGCCGAGGAUGUUCUGAACUCACUUAACGGAAUCGAACAUGUCACAGUACAUUUCCCCAACUGCUUCAGCCCAACAAAGUCUUUUUGCUGUUACAGUGUAACACAAGAAAGCGAAUAAAAACCUUUUAGAUUGU